CACGGAGGAGGGGAAAACGUCGGGCAGCACCGCUACACAACAAAAGGCAACGGCAGCACCUCGGAACCCAGGCGGUGGAUAUGUGGAAUAACAUAUAAAAUACGGGUUGGACAAAAUAACGGAAACACCAAAUGGAGAAGGAGUGUUACUUUCAAAUACAAGUAAAUUACAACUGCAAAUGCACCUGCUGAGGUCACAUUAAGUUGAUUGAAAAUUAGCAGUAAAUGUGUCAGUUGUAGAAGAGGUCUGACAAUUCGCACUUUUGAUUUUUGAGUUUCCAAAGUGACAUGAGGCAACUAACAGAGUUUGAAAGAGGCCAAAUAGUCGGUGCCCGAAGUGCAGGUGCAUCAGUCACAAAAACUGCGGAAUUAUUCAAUGUGUCAAGGGGAACCGUUUCCAAAAUCAUGACAGCGUAUGCCAAACAUGGACAAAUAGCAUCGGCCAAGAAGAACAGUGGUCGUAAGUCAAAGCUGACCGACAGGGACAGACGGACACUUAACAGGAUAGUUGCUCAGUGCCCCAAAAGCACAGCCUUGAAAUUUACCACAGAAUUGAAUCAGAAACUCCGUAAGCCAGUCUCAACAAAAACUGUACGUCGUGAGCUUCACAAAGCUGGAAUUUAUGGCAGGGCUGACAUUGACAAACCCCUUUUACCUGAAGCAAAUGCACAAAGACGCAUUACUUGGUGUAAGGAGCAGAAAACGUGGACACCUGAGCAAUGGACCCCUUCUGCCUCUCCCUCACCACCUUCUCCGCCAUCUUGUAUCGGGGACUCUGGCCUUGGUAUUGAGCGAGUGCCAGUUUAGUUGUAAUUCAAGGAAACAUUGGUCACUGAGAAGUAGCCACAUGUAGAAGUGCAAUUGUAGACGGCGAGAGGCACAAUAAGUUCAGUAGCUUACUAGUUAUUCAAAACUUUUCUUGUGAGAACAAAGAAUGCAAAACCUCUUCUGAACUAUUUAACCCAGAAUGAAUCCUGUGGAAUGGAUAGUUAUGUUCAUUUUGAAUUUGGGCAGUGUUUAUUUACAAGAAUACCUUGUAGCACUGCUGCACUACCUUGUAGCACUGCUGUCAUUUAUUUUCUCAAAUUAUGAGAACAUUUUGCAUUAAACCUGUGAUAUGUUAAAAAAAAUUUAACUAUAUACAUUUGCGACUUCGUGUAUGCUGCAUGGGAACACUAAUAAAUAAACAACUUUCAAUUAA